AUGACAACACCGAAUGUAACAACAAUUGAACAAUUAAGUAUUCAUAAUCCAUCAUAUGUAUCAGAUCCAAAUGAUCCAACAGAAAUUAAUGUUGAUGAUGAUAUACUUCCUCCAAUGCAAUUUGAUCGUCAAGCACGACCACAAUCAACUCGAACAACGCGUUCAACAACAAGUCGCUCAUCAGUAAAUAAUCUUGAUGGACGUGUUACGUGUUAUGAUUAUCACGCAUCAAAAUAUUUUUCAUAUAGAGAUCAAGGAUUUGAAAAAGCACUUUUUAAUAUUCAAAAAGGAUUUUUUCCUCAAAUUAAUUAUACAAAUGAAUAUCGAGAUGAUCUGAUGAAACGAUCAUGGCUAUUAACUGAUAUUGAUCAUUGGGAUUUACAUCGUGAAGUAAUCAUUAUCAUUAUGGAAAAUCAUAUAUUAAUUGUUCGUUAUAAUUUUAUCAAAGAACAAAUUGUUUAUACACAAGCUAUUCGUUUUGAUGAUAUUCGUUCGGUUGUAUAUGGUCCAUGCAGUUAUCCAAAUAAAUCUCUCAUGGGUGAAUAUUCCUAUGGAGGAGUUAAAAUUGUUCAUGGAGAUGAACCAACAUUUCUUACCCGUUGGAAUCCGGGUGCACAAACAAAUGUACAUGUAUUCGUAUCUCAUCAUAUAGCUUAUAAUGAUAAAGAACGAGAAACUACGUAUUACAAUUGUGAUGAAUUUAUUCAAUCACUUGAUAUAGCUUUAACUGCAUAUCGUCGAGCUAAGAAUGAACCGAAAAUCGAAUUUGUUGAAGAGAAAAUUGUUAUACCAAGCUAUGCAAGUAUUUGGUCAGUAUUAUUCAAUCAGAAUUAUGUAGGUUUUAAUCGUGAUCGAAAUGGAGCAAAAUGGUAA